UAGUAACCCCCAGCUUUUCGUACCGCGUGGUAAGAAGUUCAUGUGCUCUGCUAGUUAAUCACGCUCUCUCCGCGGAGAGCGUUAAAAUUGAUCACUUUCGUCAGAAAACACACCGUCGAAAAUGUUAGUUUUGUUCGAGACAGCUGCCGGCUAUGCCAUAUUUAAGGUGUUGGAUGAGCAGAAGCUCCAGCAGGUGGACAGCCUGUGGAAGGAGUUUGAAACACCAGAGAAAGCCAAUAAAAUAGUGAAGCUGAAACACUUUGAAAAGUUUCAGGACACGACCGAGGCGCUGGCAGCGGCCACCGCUUUGGUGGAGGGUAAGAUCGGAAAGACGUUGAAGAAGGUCCUGAAAAAAGUGGUGGCCAAGGAGGCUCACGAGCAGCUGGCGAUUACAGACGCCAAACUGGGAGGGGUCAUUAAAGACAAGCUGAACCUGAGCUGCGUGCAUAGUCCCGCUGUGGCCGAGCUCAUGAGGGGCAUCAGGGCGCAGAUGGAGGGGCUGAUCACCGGGCUUCCUCCCAGAGAGAUCAGCGCCAUGUCUCUGGGUCUGGCGCACAGCCUUUCCCGUUAUAAGCUGAAGUUCAGCCCUGACAAAGUGGACACCAUGAUCGUUCAAGCCAUAUCUCUCUUGGACGAUCUGGACAAGGAGUUGAAUAACUACAUCAUGCGCUGUCGGGAGUGGUACGGCUGGCACUUCCCAGAGCUAGGCAAGAUUGUCACAGACAACCUGGCGUUCUGCAAGACCGUCCGCAAGAUUGGUGACCGCACGAACGUGUCCAGCACCGACCUGUCCGACUUGCUCCCGGAGGAGGUCGAGGGCGAGGUCAAACUAGCUGCGGAGAUCUCUAUGGGAACAGAAGUGUCCGAGGAGGACAUCAGCAACAUCAUGCAUCUGUGCGACCAAGUUAUCGAAAUCUCUGAGUAUCGAACUCAGUUGUACGACUACCUGAAAAACCGCAUGAUGGCCAUCGCACCAAAUCUGACCGUCAUGGUGGGAGAGCUGGUAGGAGCUCGGCUCAUCUCUCACGCAGGCUCCUUGCUGAACUUGGCGAAACACCCUGCGUCUACAGUGCAGAUCCUGGGCGCGGAGAAAGCACUUUUUAGAGCGCUGAAGACCAGACGGGACACGCCCAAAUAUGGUCUCAUCUACCACGCGUCCCUGGUGGGACAAACCACUGCCAAAAACAAGGGCAAAAUCUCGAGGAUGCUGGCGGCCAAGACGGCUCUGGCUAUCCGCUACGACGCGCUGGGCGAAGACACCAACGCCGAGAUGGGAGUGGAGAACAGGGCCAAGCUGGAGGCUCGGCUACGCCAGCUUGAAGAGAAAGGGAUGAGGCGCAUCAGCGGGUCGGGAAAAACCGUAGCUCGAACGGACAAGUACCAGCACCAGAGCGAUGUGAAGCUGUACGACCCGUCUGGCGACUCAACGCUUCCAACCGCCGCCAAGAAGAGGAAGAUCGAGGAGGUGGAGGAGGCAGAGGAAGAAGACAAGCCCGUGGAGGUUAAAGCCAAGAAAAUAAAGAAGGAAACGCCGACAGAAGAAGCUGAAGAGGCAGCUGCAGAAGAAACGGAGACGCCCAAGAAGAAGAAGAAAAAGAAGUACGAGAAACAGCAGCAAGAGGAGGAAGUUGAGGCCGGUCCUUCGGAAGAGACAACAGAGAAGAAGAAGAAAAAGAAAGAAAAGAAGGUGGAGGAGCCCAAGGAGGAGGAAGAAGAGGCAGCAAUCAGUCUCACAGAAGAGACUACAGAGAAGAAGAAGAAAAAGAAGAAAAAAGUGAAAGAGGAGCAAUAAUAAAUUUCCCCCUAUCGUUAACAAUCUUUAUUGUACAUGAAUUUUUACACAUUUUUGGACUUGUAGGUUGGUCAUUUGUUGGUCACAUGACUGUGUGCCUGACCAGUUUCACACUGGUAUCAUAAAGGACUGUUUAUUAUUUUUUAAAGAAAGAAUGAUUUUGUGUAAUCUUAUUUUCUCUUUCUUCAGUCUGGAAACGUUUGUUCUCAUGAGUGAUCUUAUCAUUUAGGAUCACGUUUUUUUUUCCCUAUAAAAAGUUUGCAUAUUUUACUUUGGAAGAAAAUGAGAGCUUACCUUACUUUGUGCAUUAUAUCAUAAAAAUAAGGUGUCAAAAAAUGUCCACUGUGAGGCUGACCUUGUUUAUUAUAUCCAUAUUUUCUCA